GGGUUGGCGCAAUAACGCCAAGCUAUAUAUUCGUCCUCAUUUCGUCCUUUAAAUUUCCAUCCGAAUUUUCUUAAACAAUUUUCCACAGAGCACUACACAAACUUGUAAAGACAGCACCAAAAAAUAUGUCUGGCAAAUACAUUGUUGUUUUCAAAUCGGACACUCCCCAGGAAGUCAUCAACAAGGCCGCAAAUGACGUCGAAGCUUCCGGAGGUACUAUCGGUCACCGAUACGACUCUGUCAUGAAAGGUUUCUCCGCGACGCUCCCAGACAAUGUGCUGACAACAUUCCAGUCCCACGACAAGGUUGACUACAUUGAGGCGGACGGUGAAGUAUCUGCCUACGCAAAGAGCAAGGGCAUUGGGAAAUAAUGCGGAAAGAUAUAGUCUUUUACAUACAUCUUAUGUAAAUAGCACCUGGGUAUCUACUUUUGCUGAAUGCUACCGCUGCAAUUUCACUUGAAAAGAUGUUUCAUCUGUACAAAAUAAAUAAAGUUGCUAUUGGCCCGAUCUAUCCUAAUCAA